GGCUGCCGCGUGAAACGGUAACACCACGGAAAUCGCGGUCCUCCUUGUAUUUUUUUUCACCGAUCAAUUUCAUUCGGGGAUAAGUUAGUCGAUCAACAGUCCCGUGGAUGACACAACAAGAUUGCCCGGGGUGACACCGAUGCAAAGGUGUAAUACAAGAUGUAUAAUGGAAUUGGAUUACAGACACCACGUGGUUCUGGAACAAACGGACAUGUCCAAAGAAAUUGGGCAAUUGUACGCAAAACUAAAGAGAAAGUUACCUAUAAAACCGAUGAAGGAAAAUUAGAUCAGCUUAAUAAACAACCUAAUAAGGAGAUUCUCGAUCAUGUUAGAAAAAGAAAAGUUGAAGUUAAAUGUGCCGAGUUUGCUGACAUACUGGAGGAACAAGGUUUUACAACCGAGGAAGUGAAAACGAAAGUAGAAUCAUACAGAUCCAUGUUAAUGGGAAGUGAUGCCAAGCCAGCAGUACCCCGAGAUGAAUUUGGUCGUGUAAAUGUACGCGAAACGCACCAGAUCGCCGAGGCGCAGCAAGAAAAAAACGCAAAGCUACGAGAGGCGUUCGGAAUAUCGGAGUUCUUCGUGGAGGGAAGUAGCCUAGACCCGGAGAGGCACGCGCGCGAAGCCGAGGCGAGAGCCGCUGCUAGCAAAGUGUACGAACUGGUGAGAACACCGAGCCCCGUGCCGGACACAACGACCGUGCCGGAGAAGAAAAAACGUAAACGCUCCGGUAGCACGGGCAAGAAGAAAAAGGGGAAGAAGCACAAGAAGGAAAGGUCGGAGUCUCCAAAGGCUAGUAAGAAAAAAGAAAAGUCUAAGAAAAAGAAAAAGGACAAGAAACACAAGAAGAGUGAGGCUAGUUCCUCUGAUAGUGAAUCCAGCGAGGCUUCGGAUGAUAGCAGUUCAUCAGAAACUGAGUCAAAGAAGAAAAAGAAAAAGAAGAAGAAGAAGUCCAAAGCAGAGGCUAAAGAAAAGCAUGAGAAGAAAAAAACAGCUAUCAAGAGGAAGCAUCAGUCAUCUGAGAGCUCGUCCGACAGCUCCCCAGAGAGGCCGAAAAAGUCUAUGAAACACGAUAAAGUCGUAGAAAAGUCAAAGAACGAUGAGGUAGAGAACACGGUCAAAGAGUCUCGAUCAAACCGUUCUCCAAAGAAGCAAGAAAAGAGUCGAAACGAAACUCCGCCCCCUAAAAAGAAAGAUUCUCCCGUUAAGAAGAUUGUUCCUGAAAAGAAGGAGAAAACACCAGUACCGCUCAAGAGUCCACCGCCACGGCGUCACAGAUCACCGUCAAGGAGCAGAAUCGACAGAGGAAGAUCUCCAAGAAGAUAUUCAAGAUCCCGGCGAGUCAGUCCCUCGCCAAGAAGAAGAAGAGUGUCGAGAUCACCCAGGAGAUACACCAGGUACUCGGUGUCCAGGAGCAGAAGUCGAUCGAGGUAUGAUCGUUAUGGAUCACGACGCAGACCAUCGCCACCGCCUAGACGUAGAAGAUCCGACUCCAGAAGAAGGUCAAGGUCACCCAGAAGGCAAAGGGACAGGCGAGAAAGAUCGAGGGAGCGUCGCAGAAGCCACAGCAAGAGCCGGAGUAGAUCCAGACGAUCCACCUUGAGCUAUUCUCCCGUAAGAAAGAAUCCAGAACGGUAUAAACACAUUCUAGAGGACAAGAAGAAACGAGAUCCGAAGAAGAAUAAUGACAACAAACGAAAGUCUCGAUCCAGUUCUAAGACUAGAAAGAUAAGGGCGAUUAUACCAAGGGUCAGGCUACGUUCUUCCAGCGAAGAUGAAACUGACAUGGCGGAUGACGAACCAAAACCGGAAGACGAGGAAAGGAUGAAGGAGCUACAUACUCUGAAACGAUUGCAAUGUGGAUUAGCAGCUAAGGCUAGGGAAGCCAUAGGGAAGAAAGUAAUAAGUCCUGUAAAGAUAAAGAUGGAGAGGAAAGAAGAUAGCAUACUUGAUAUUGCUUUACCAAACGAUCCGCCGAAAAUGAUACAAAACAUCGUUGUCGGUCCAGUUCAGGAGAGGUCCAAAUCAAAGUCACCUAUAUCGCAUCUGCCUGCUGUACAGUCACCAGUAUCGAGCAGAUCACCUUCACCCGCGUUACCACUGACUCGAGAAGAGGCAGCUAUAAAGAUACGGUCACCUAGCGAGUCUCCUCCGCUGCUGCAGGCCUUAAAUAAGAUAAACUCGAGUUCCCCGUGUUUGGCAACUAAGACGAAUCAUCGUUCCCAGUCUCCGAGCAUCCCUAAAAAGAAUUCUCCGGUUCUCCUAAGGAAAAAUUCAUCGGAAAGCAAGUCACCUUCGCAUUCACCGACAAUUUCUCACAAAGAUGUGCCCAUAAAGUUACGUUCUCCGAGCGAGUCACCGCCUCCUAUACCAUGCAACGUGGGCAAAUCGAAACGGUCCGCUUCACCGAGCACUUCAAAGAAGGGUUCGCCCGUUUCUAGAAAGCAUUCUCCGCGAGACAAGUCCUACUCCAGGUCACGUUCCAGGUCUUACACAAGAUCAGUCUCCCCGGAGAAAAGAUCGCCCAGAUCUCCCAGGUGUCGUUCUUCAAGAUCUCCCUCGCGAGACAAGAAGUCACGUUCCCUGUCGAGAGGCAAGAAAUCAGUGUCACCUAGACACAGGUCACCCGUGUCCCCGGCAAGAUCGAAGAAAUCGCCGAAAUCUCCCGCAAGAACGAAAAGGGCAACUAGAUCGAGAUCAUCCUCGGGAUCGAAACGGUCCGUAUCCAGGUCACCGUCGCGUUCCAAGAAGUCUCCUUCUCAUUCGCCGGAAAAGUCCAGAUCCAGGAGUAGGACCAGAUCGUUGUCAAAACGGUCCAGAAGUCGAUCUUUGUCCAAGAAAUCCCGAAGCAGAUCGUUAUCGAAGAAAUCCAGAAGCCGAUCCUUGUCGAAAAAGUCGAGGAGCCGGUCACGGUCGUUGUCCAGGGUGUCCCGGGACAAGGAGAAGAGAAGUCGCAGCAGGAGCAGUUCACGUUCUUCUUUGAGUUCUAGGCACAGUCGUAGAAGCUUCUCUAGUUCAUCAAGAUCGUCAAGCAGUGUUUCUAGCAGGUCAUCCCGGUCAACAUCGAGCAGCUCAGCUACCAGCAGGUCUCGAUCUCCAUCCAUACCGCGACGUCAUGGUUCGCCCAGUUUCCUAGACAGACGUCGUAUCACAAGGGACAGAUCGAGGGACAGGCAUAGAAGAUAAAGUAACGACUCCGCACAGAUGUUUCUAUUACUUUCCUACAGUUCACGUAGUAGCCAAUACGAUGCAUAUCGAGUUUCGUUUCUUUUCCCUAAGAUUAUAAAUAGCUGAUAUGUAAGGCGGAGCAGUUUAGCUGCUGAUGCGAAUAUUAGAUUAUAAUGAUCAAUGAAUAAGUGCAAAGGACAUUUUCGUUUCAUUACGAUAUCGUCGACCCUGUCAUUAUAUUAUAAUAUUACAACUUUAUC